AGCGGCCACUCUAAUGAAUUUAAUCGUGAAAAGCACACGAUUUGAGAAGAUAUGGUCCGAGACAUCAAAACAGCCCAUCGUUUACGACGAGUCAAAAAGCACACGAUUUGAGAAGAUAUGGUCCGAGACAUCAAAACAGCCCAUCGUUUACGACGAGUCCCGAAUAUACGUCACGUAUCAAAAAUACGCCAAUAAUUAUUAUAAUUACUAUACCCAAUGUCUAGCGCUGUGUGGAAAAGACGGUUUGCCUUCAAAGCUAUACCGGCUUCAGAAGAAUGUUAAAUGUACACCACUUCCUCGCGAUGACUAUAAGCCAUACUUUUUGGCCGUCACUUCCGAUAAUUGGCUCAUUAGAUACGAUAACGUGAGCGGAAAAGUAUUGCAAGAGAUAUACUUGGGAUACGUUCACAAGAGAAAUGCUUAUGUUCUCGAUUGGGAAACCAGAAUAGAAUCCAUAGCACUAUUAUGGCCACAAUUGCCAACCGUUAAUAAUAACGUGCCGAACACGCAUCAGCUUAAAGCAGUGAUUAUGGUCGUCAUCUUUAAGAUAAUGCCCAUUAGAUUCGUCGGACGUUUUGAAGUCAAUCAGACGACCUUUGGAGAGGAUCUAAAGGGCAUUGACGUAUCAGAAGGACUUUUUAUUGUAGGAAUUGGUUCCCAAAAAAAUGCUAAAAUUCGUAUUUAUAGUCUCCACGAAAUUCUUAAUCAAACGAAUCGUUUGUUUGAAGCGACUCUUGACAAGAAGUGUCCGGAAUUGGGCGGAAAGACCGGUCAAUACCCGUUUGGACUGCCAUUAAAUUAUAAGAUCAAAACCGCUCCACCGGUUCUGUUUGAAGUAAAUACCUCCGCAACUCCGAUAUUUGGAGGCCAUCCGUGGCAUUACGUGACCAACCCUUCCAACAGUUCCGGAGUAUUUGAAGUGCGAAACGUUGCGACCAAUGAAUUGGCAGAAAACGGUCGCUUUGUUGUCCGAAACAAUACAACAUUUGCCGAUACAUUGACUUUCCAUACGGACGACACGGGAAGACUGGUCUACGAAUCGGGAAAUUAUAUUAAAUUUUAUCAAAUCUUUGGCGAAAAGAAUCCAUAUUCUAUACGACAACAGUUUGAAAUGAAAGUUAGGUUUAAUGACAAGAAUGGGGUAAAUAAUGGCACCGAAAUCACGAGAAGAGUUAACGCUCGACGCGAAGCAAAGAAAAAUAUUUGUUACGCCGAAAAAUCUUGGCAACAAAUUUUAGCCACACAUUUUGAGAAUGAAUUGGAUAUGUAUUCAAUUUUGGAAACCAAUACUCAAUUGGGUCAUCAGAAGAAUAACGGAAUGAUCACUAUUUGCGAUAACAAUACUGGAGAGAUAUUACAUGAGAUUUCGUUAGGACUUACACUUAAUGAACACUCAGACUAUGAAUUAAUUAUGGAUUUGGACACAAUUAUUAUUACAUAUCAUGAAUAUAUGAAUGCGAUGGCAAGUCCGGGUCUCAGAGUUAUAAUCGCGUUUUUUCAUAUAGUCCAUACACAUGUUAUGAAAAACUGUUUGAUAAUAGCAGUAGACGCAUUUGGACCGUUUGUAUACGUCUAUAUAUUUCAUAAACGCGAUUAUAACUCUGAGACCCUCUGCAAGUAUUGGCUUAAAGUUGAAGUGAAGGUCUUUCCCAACACUCGACGCGAUAACAGACAAUUAGGACUCAAAUUAAAUUUGUCGGAGAGAUGGGUGUCGAGGAUGUCGUCGACAGCCGGCAAAGAAUCAGUCAAAACGCGUCCAUUGAAUCGGGUUUUGAUCGCAAAUCGCGGAGAGAUUGCCAUAAGAGUGAUGAAGAGUGCGAAACGAUUGGGUCUUCAGACGAUU